AUGAAAAAAUUUGAUAUGGUGGUACAUCAAAAAUUGAAAGAUGCUGAUAUUCGAGAGACUAGCGAAACAGAAGAAUUUAGUGAAAGUGAUAGUAACUAUAUAGUUGUUGAACACCAUGUUGUCGAGGAAUUACAAACAAUUGAUGAUGAAGAGGGCGGUGGCGGUGGCGAAAAUCAAGAUGAUAUAUCUGAAGGUGGACAAAGAUACAUUACUCAUUGGACUACUAAACGGACCAAAGAGUAA